AUGGGGUUCGACGAAUAUUUUAAAAUCUCGACCACUGCUAUGCGUUUGAAUCGUUGUCACCCUGCUAUAGCGCGCGAUAAAGUGUGGAUCACACAGUUCAUUUUUAUCUGCGUGAUGUGUACGUCUUGUUUCACCCUGCUUCUAUAUUCUAUUUUACUGCACGAUAUUCGAAACAAAGAAUAUACAAAUGCCUGUAAGAGCUGUAUUAUGGCGAUCGUUUCUGUUACGAUUUCAUUUAAAUACGCCGUUCUUGUUAUUCAUCAAGAUUCUAUCAACUAUUUGAUAAGUAUUAUUAAUAGAGAUUAUGAUUUAGCUGAAACUUUUCCUGACGAUGAGAAACGUAUCGUGAUGCAUUACAAGGAAAAGGGUAUUAAAGUUUGCAAGCUGUGGCUCGCCAUAGCAGUGGCGUCCACAGUGAUUUUCCCGUUGAAAGCAUUUUUAUUAAUGGGAUACCUGCAUGCAAAAGGAGAGUUCAAACUUGUCCCAAUGUUCGAACUCACUUAUCCCAGUUUCAUAGAAACCUAUAAAAAUAUAUUUACUGUGUACUGCGCCCUGUUCGUACUGUGUACAGCAUUUGCUUGCUAUGCGUCAACUAUGUACCUUGGAUUUGAUCCUUUGGUACCAAUUUUCAUGCUCCACUGUUGCGGUCAAUUAGAAGUGGUUUGUCGCAGGAUUAUGAGACUGCUCUCUGAAACAACAGACGAACGAGAGAUACGUGAAAAACUGAAAAAGCUUAUUUUGAAAUUACAAGAGAUUUAUGGGUUUGUAGACCACAUCAAGCAUAAUUUUACAAUUCUUUAUGAAUUUACAAUGAAAACAACAACUUUUCUAUUGCCACUGUCUGCGUUUCAAGUCGUUGAGUGUUUACGGAAAAGAGACACGAAUUUGGAAUUUAUACCUUUCUGUUUUGGUACCAUUAUACAUUUUUAUAUGCCAUGUUAUUACAGCGAUUUGCUUAUGGAAAAAAGUGAAAGUCUGCGUCAGUCGAUAUAUUCCUGUGGCUGGGAGAUGAACACCGACAAGGGAACCAAGAAGACCAUUCUGUUCAUGUUAGCCAGAGCCACGCGGCCGCUUGUCAUCACCACCGUCUUCUUUCCCAUCUGUCUUGAUACCUUCGCUGAGAUGUGUCGUAACUCGUACGCUAUCUUCAACAUAAUGAACGCAGCAUGGACUUAA